CACCAUGAAGGCAUGCGUGUUCAACAAAUGAUCUUUGUUACUUGCAAACAGCAGCAGACGCAGAUCCUUGAACAGGGCGGCACAGAAAUGGGUGUGACUGAAGUCGAGGAAACGAAACUAAAGGGAAAUAACACCUCUGUGUCACCCGAUGAAGUCCACAGUGAGGGCUGAUUACAGCAGAUUCAGGCGCUCCCAGUAAAUCAGAGGGUUUCCCCAUUAUUUUCUGUCUUUAUUUUAUUCCUGCGGGUAAACUUGAGGAGCUGAAGGCGGCGCACACAGAGGACAGAGAUGUCUGCUGUAAGAAAGGAACUACAACAGGCCUUGUGCUGCUACAGCACAGAUACCCUCAACUACAUCGACACAGUGAGAGAAUUCUGUCAGAUGUUCUCAAAAUGGAUUAUCUGGAGAGAGACAGAGUUAGAAAUGAUGAUGGACAUCAAAGACAGGGCAGACAAAAUCGACCUCAACAUCAGCCAUGUUACUGAGUCAGAGGACAAAGGUGAGGCUUUUGUGGAAUAUUUAAAGAGCAAGGUAACCCUGAAUGAUGACGAAAGGCGUGCAGAGCUGGAGAAGGAGCUGAAUGAAGUGUUGAAGGACACUCUGGGUGGUUUGGAGAAGCUCCACUGUUUCCUGGAUGCAGUGGAGAAGCUGGCAGUCACCUCACUGCAUGUGUUCAUGGAGAACCAGGUGUUACACCUGCCUGAAGACAUCAGCUUUGAAUAUGUUCAAGUGGUCAUCAGCGCUGCACAACAGAUCUGCCCUCUUCUCCUGGAGUUUAAAAGAGACUCACAGGCCUUCUUCCUUCCCAAACUUCAGAAUGUGGAAGUGCUGGCAUAUCAGCUGGACAGAUACAUACAGACCACCAAAACCAUCUGUGAGAAGCUGGAUAAAAGCUGCUUCAGUGACUUUUGCCAGAAAACAACUGUGGAAACUGUUGUGAAACUCAGUGUGGAUUUGACUGAAGAUGACCUACGAAGGAUGCUUGAUCACAUCAGUCAGCUUGAGGAGAUCAGGAGGAACCAGUCCUUCCGGAUGGUGUUCUUGUUCCAGGAAGUGUCCUGUUCAGACUUCAUCAGUCAGUUCAAAGAGCGAGAGCCCAGGAUGCUGGAGUUUCUACACCAGAUGGAGGAGAUUGCUGUUCAGCUCGACAGGAUGAACAUGGGUGCAAAGAUCUCCAGUGUGGCCGGCAGCUCAGUGGGGGCGGUUGGAGGUGUGCUGUCCAUUGUUGGUCUGGCAUUGAUUCCUUUCACAGCUGGUGUUUCUUUGGCUCUGACAAUGACCGGGGUUGGGCUGGGAAUAGGCAGCGCAGUCAACAGUGCUGUCACCACCGUCACAGAGAUCGGAGUAAAUGCUACACAACAAAAGAAGGCUGGUGAAACCUUUGAGGGUUUCAUGAAGGAUGUGCAGAGUCUCCAGGAAUGUCUGGAGAAGGUGGUCAAUCAAUCAGUCAGCAAAAUGGAAGCAAAUGACAUAGAUGUAGCUCUGGGAGUAGGUGUGGCACUUGCUAAAGUUGGUGUUAAUGUUGGUAAAGGCAUUGAUGCGCUUGUUGAUGGUGCCUCUGCUUUGAAGGUAUUAAAAAUGGAAGAGGUUGCAGCAAAUGCUGGUAAGGUGGUGGCUCAGGAGGGGAAAGCCUUGCGUAACGUUCCCAGGGUGGCUGCAGAUAUCCCAGAUAUUGGUCAGGCAGCAGUCAAAGGGCCUCUUGCGCUCUCCAAGUCUGCCAGGGUUGGUUUCAUUGCAGCCAACGCUCUGUUCCUUGGCAUGGAUAUCUUCUUCAUCUGCAAAGACAGCAUCAGUCUGGCUAAAGGCAGCGAGACUGAAGUCUCAAAGUUCAUCAGAGCCAGAGCUGCUCUGUGGAGCUCAGAGAUGGACUCAUGGCAGAAGAUCCAUGACUCUCUACACGAAGGCCAACCGACAUCGGAGAAAAAGAAAAUUGUCCUGGAGACACCAUUUUAUCCAGAGAUAUAGACAGAGAGCAGAACAGAGAUAAAAGUUACCUCUGAUGAAAUGGCUGAAAUGGAAUACCUUGAAACAUUCAUGCUAACUGUCUGGACCUGAGUACCAAUUAGCAACUUAACUAUUAAUUCAUGCACUUUGUUUGUAUUUAUAAUGCGCUGAAACAUAGAUUAAUUUUGUUGUAAAAUUUCUAAUGACAAUAAAAGGUAUUCUAUAUUA